AUGCGAUCUUGGACGAUCGUUUUUAUCCGCGCGCUCGCGAUCAGCGCGACGAUUUUUAUCCGGAGAGUCCGCGGCACGAUAGACGUGAACCUGAGCGAAUUGGAGUAUCUCGCGGCUCGGCUGGACCCGUUCGAAUGCAGACGAUUGGUCGCCGCGCUUCAUUACACGACCUACGACUUGCCGAGAAACCUGGCCGCGGCAGAACGCAAGGUGGACGAGGAGAUCCCGUGUCUGCGUCAACUGCUCCAUUGGAACAGCUCCCCCGCGGAGGGUCGGGGCAAGACGCACGCGGCGAUUAUACAUCGGCUCCGACAGCUAAAUCGCAACGAUCUAGCCGACUGGCUCGGUAGAACCGCAUUCAAACAGUUGGGAAAGGAUCUGGACGACGCUAUCACGCUGUCCUUCGACGAGCUCGCCAAGGAAGAGAUGGAAACCAGCACGUCGGCAUUCCACGAAGCGUUCGUCGUUUACAGUUUGUUUGCGACUACCGAGCCUGUUACCUGGACUCGAGAGGAGGACCCGUGGUUGCCAAUCGAUACAAUUCUCAUGGCUCUUGUGCUUGGAUUGUUAGGAGCGUUGUUAGUUUUAAUUGCGGCAAUUAUCGCGCAUGCCGUCAAGCGCAAUAAAAAUUAAAAACCGCGUAUAUGUUUCUCCUUUCUCUCUCGCAGUUGAUAUAAACCUACUCUUUUGUUGACGCAAAUCAAAGCGUGUUACGAAAUUAUAAAUAAUGUUUUAUUUUAACUUGAAGAAAAAGGAAAACAAUCUUGGUAUCUUCUAGAAGAUGGACGGUGGGUACAGUAGAAUUGUUUUUGCCACAAUAUAUAAAUCUCUUAAAGCAAAACAUUUUUCUCUUUAAUAACUUCCAUUUAAGGCAUUUAAAAAAGAAGUUAUAAUAUAUGGUAUGAGCAACUUAAUUACCUUAUAUUCUUAUGUAAAACUUUUCAAGUACAACGCGAGUAUUUACAUGAAAAAUGUCGUAUACAAUAAAGCCGCGGCAUAUAAAUCUUCGAUGGAACUGCUUCCGCAAACGGCGAAGCCGUCUUUACCUGUGUGUAACUCUUGUUUUAAAACAUUGCGGAACCACAUUUAAAUCUUAUGUUAGUCGUUUUUAGCUAAUUAUGGUUAUGGAAAUGAUUCAUGCGCACAAAUACAGAGUGGUAUGUACACGUGGUAUUGAAUCGUAAUAAAACGCCACUCUGUAAUAACAUAAAUAAUAAUUGCGCGGGACAAUGACCAUGGCAAUUAUCAUUACAAUGACAGUGACAAUGGUAGUGAUAACAAUGACAAUAAUAACAACGGUAUGAUAUUAAGCGCGCAACGAUAAUGAUGUUAUAUUAAUAAUAGCGAUAAUCGAGCGUAAACUUUCUUAUGACUUAUGACUUCGAGACGUAAUGUUGCGAUUGAAUAAUUAAUCUAACUCGCAGUACCAUGCAUCUAUAUGAAUGUUACGAUAGUUACAUAAUAAAUCAAUUGCAUUCGAUUUGUCGCAAAUGUACAGUUAACAAAUUUUAACAUAAUCUGUUAGCUUGAUUAGUCUGUUUAGUUCUAUUGUAAUGCUUCGUCUUUGUACAAUAUUAUUUUACGUAAACAAUGUAAGCGAAACUUGACCAGUAUAUGUGUGUAAUAUUACAUUAUAGAAACACGUGUAAGGACGGAUUGGAUCUUUUGUGCCUAAUGAUAUCAUCGCGUGAAAUUUAUGCACCUACUCUUUUGCCCUUGGAAAAAUUUGUUUUAAAUGAAAUUAAAGUUUUUAAAAGUAAUCUUUCAAUUUUAAGAGUUUACUUA